AUGAUAGCUGCAGGACGAGAACUUCAACAAAGUUUAACCAAUCAUGAAUUAGUUCAUCAACGAUGUGCCGCACAUAUACUUAAUAUUGCUGUACAACAUGGCUUGCAGUUAGUAUCUUCAGUUAUAACAAAAGUUCAAGAUUUUGUAAUAAAAAUUCGAAAUUCAACAAAAUUUAGUGAUUCUUUAAAAAAAAUUUACAAACAAGAAAAUAUAGCUGAAUUAAAACCUGAUUUGGAUGUAGAAACAAGUGAUGUAAGACUAACUAUAACUAGUUUGUUGCGACAUUUAGAUUUAUUCAUUCAAACUCAUACUAAUUUAGAUGAGUGUAUGGUAGCAGAAUCAAUUAACUUUAAACUUCAAGAAUAUUGGGAAUGUGUCAAUGAUUCAACAACAAUUGGUACUUUACUAGAUCCACGAUCCAAAACUAAAACUUUUAUAGAUAUAAAACAGUAUGAAAAUGCUACAAGAAAAAAUAAACGAUCAUUUUUCGAAUCUUUAAUUUCAGAACAAGAUUCUGAACAAGUAUCUGUUGAGGAUGAAAUUGUUCAAUAUCUUUCUUUACCAGUUGAUUCUACUACGAAUCCAUUAGAUUGGUGGCGUCAUUUUAGUAAAGAUUUUCCCACUCUAGCAAAAAUGGCAUCAUGUUAUUUAAGUAUACAGGGUUCAAGUGUACUUUCAGAACAGGCAUUCUCUGUAGCCGCAAAUACAAUAACCAAAAUUCGAUAUAAUUUAAAACCAGAUACUGCAUGUGCAGCUAUGUGUCUUAAAAGCUAG